AUGUUGGCGGGGAAGGGGAGUUAUGGGUGGAAGGCGGCGAGGGCGAGGAUGCCGCCUUCGAGGCAGGUGUGGCAUGUUUUGAGGAGUAGAAGGGGGUUGUUGGCAUUGGGAGUUUUGGCGCUGAUGGUGUUGUUGUGGCGGAAUAUGGGGGGUGCCGGUCGGGGUGUGCAGAGAUAUAACUGCUUCGGCCCAGCGAAACCCCCCAUGCGCCUGACGCCCAACGAGAACGAAGAAUGGCAUGCCCAUAUGAGCACGCCCGUCAUAUUCAACCACCGCAAACCUGUCGAGGUCAACGAGAGCACCAUCGACCACGUAGAUCUCAACGUCAUCAAAUCCACCCCUCGAGCCGUCAGCAACCGCGAGCGCGUUCUGAUCCUCACCCCUCUCCGGGACGCAAGCUACUACAUUCUUAAUUACUUCGACCUCCUCACUCAACUCACCUACCCGCACGACCUCAUCGACCUGGGUUUUCUCAUUGGCGACACCACCGACGACACCAUGGCCAUACUCGCCAAAGAGCUGGAGCGCAUACAACAGAACAAGGAUAUAGCGUUCCGCUCCGUCACCAUCGUCGAGAAAGACUUUGGCGUCGCGACCUCCCAGAACGUGGAAGACCGACAUUCAUUCAAGGCGCAAGGACCACGGAGAAAAGCCAUGGGACGCGCAAGGAACUACUUGCUUUCUGCGGCGCUGAAGCCGGACCAUAGCUGGGUGUAUUGGAGGGAUGUUGACAUCAAGGAAAGCCCGGCUGGAAUCAUCGAGGAUUUCGUGGCGCAUGAUGUGGACAUCCUAGUGCCGAACGUCUGGUUCCAUCGGUACGAAGAGAAGAACGGCAAAAUGGUCGACAUUGAAGGGAGAUUCGACUACAACUCCUGGCAAGAAUCCCCCAAGGGCCUCAAACUCGCCGCCUCGCUCGGCAAAGACGUCGUCCUCGCCGAAGGCUACAAGGAAUACGACACGGGCCGCACCUACAUGGCCAGGAUGGGCGACCGGCACAAGGACCCCAACGAGCGGAUUCCCCUGGACGGCAUCGGCGGCGUCAACAUCGUGGUAAAGGCCGAUGUGCAUCGCUCGGGAAUCAAUUUCCCCUGCUACGCGUUUGAGAAUCAGGCCGAGACGGAGGGGUUCGCGAAGAUGGCCAAGCGCGCGGGUUAUGGGGUUUGGGGGCUGCCGAAUUAUGUCGUUUGGCAUGUGGAUACUGAGGAGAAGCCGGGGAAUGCGUAG